AUGAGCGGCCGCGUGAGGAGGUCAUGGGGCGCGCCUCCAGACCUCCGCGCCAGGCUGGGCUUGCGCGUGCCCAGACUCAGCGACGACGCGUCCACAGCCAAUCGCGGCAAAAUCACCACGCGGGCUGAGUACGAGGCCAUGGAGCGGGGGUUCUGCACCAGCUGGAACGGCGCUAACGCCGGGAUCAAGUCCGUUCGGGCGCCCACGAGGGGUAAGGGGGAUACCAAGGACAGGUGCGCGUGGACCACGCCGCACGUGCUGGACGAGCGGGGCCAGGCCGUGCGCAUGAGCCUGGAAGACCCUUGGGACGUCGAGGAGAAGCGCGAGGAGAAUGGCUCGGCGGAGCGGGAGGAGGUGGAGGCGCGGGAGGAGAGGGUGGUGGUGAGCGACGACGACAUGGACGACGCGUCCGUGGAGUACAGCGAUGACGAGCGCGAGGACGAGCGAGACGUCAGCUUCUCCAGGGACCACGACGGGGCCCCGAGGGAGGGGUACUCGCGGAUGGCGACGCUAGCGUAG